GCUGUGGUCGAGCGAGGAGGGCAACAUGGGCGACGAGGCGGCGCGGGCAGGGACCGCAGCAGGGCCAACGGCAGUGACAGCGACAGGAACAGGAGCAGGGACAGAGACAAAGUCGGCCGGGGAGAAGCUGGGGUGUGCGCUGGGACGGCUGGUGGACAAGGACGAAGUGGACGGGGUGCUUGCGGCGCAGGAGGCGUCGCUUGAGCGGUACCGGGCGACCAACGCGGUGCUGGAGCAGUUCAACGCAGAGGUGGCGGCGGCACAGGGAAAGCAGGUCAAGGCCCUCGAGAGCUACACCAAGCUUCUACGGGAGAUGAAAAAGGACUUGGACAACAUCUUCAAGCGCUGCCGCUCACUGAGAAGCAAGCUCGACGACAAGUUCCCGCUGGUCGUCGCCGCCGACCCCAACGCCCUCAUCCUAGAUCCCGACGACGAUGAUGAGGGCGACCUGAGUGGCGAGCCGGGCGAGGCCGUGGGUGGCUGGUGCUGA